CACCCAACUCUCUCAACUCCAAAGCCAAAGCUUUCCUCUCCAUUUCAGCUGUACUUUCCCUGAAAUGGAGUGGACCAGAGGCCCCACCAUCGGCCGUGGCUCCUCCGCCACAGUCUCCGCCGCAAUCUCUCACGGCACCGGCGAGGCCUUCGCCGUCAAGUCCGCCGAGCUCUCCAAAUCCGGGCUUUUGCAGAGGGAGCAGAGGAUUCUGUCUUCCUUAGACUCUCCUCGAGUGGUUGGCUAUGUCGGGUUUGACAUCACUGAAGAGAACAACAGGCAGAUGUACAAUUUGUUCAUGGAGUACGUCGACGGCGGCACGCUCGCGGAUGAAAUUCGCCGGCACGGAGGCAGGAUGGAGGAGCCGGCGGUGGCGUUUUACACGGGGCAAAUUGUGAAGGGCCUGGAGUAUAUUCAUUCAAUCGGCGUAGCACAUUGUGACAUUAAGGCUCGGAACAUUUUAAUCGGUGGCGGCGGGGCCAAAAUCGCCGACUUCGGCUGCGCCAAGAGGGUGAGUGGCGGAGUGGAUGACUUGGCGGCGGCAGGAAUUGGCGGCACGCCGAUGUUCAUGGCGCCAGAGGUGGCGGUUGGGGAAGAGCAGGGGUGCGCCGCCGACAUAUGGGCGGUAGGAUGCUCGGCGAUUGAAAUGGCCACUGGAGGCUCACCGUGGCCGGUUGUCGGCGACCCUGUAUCGCUGCUCUACAGAAUUGGGUUUUCCGGGGAGUCGCCGGAAGUGCCGGAUUUUCUCUCCGGCGAAGGAAAGGAUUUCUUGAGCAAGUGCCUGAGGAGAGAUCCCAAGGAGCGGUGGACGGCUAAGGAGCUUCUGAAACAUCCCUUUCUUGCAGAAUCGGAUUCAAUUCAAAAGCAACUACCUGAUUUCAAUUCCACUUCUCCGACGAGUGUGCUUCUGGAUCACGGUGUUUGGAACUCGUUAGAAGAGCCGGAAACUCAGAAAACCCGACAAAACUCGCCGGAGAAGAGGGUGGAACAGUUGGCAUCAUCUUCUCCGGUGCCAGACUGGAGAUGGGAUGAGAAUUGGAUCACAGUGAGAAGACAUAAUUGAUUACAGGCUGUCGUAGAUAUAGAAAUGUUAGUUGAAUAGAUUUGUACAGACCGUAGAAUCGUAAUCAAAUCAACAGUCUCAAAAUUUUUGAGAGAUGCGUAGAUUUCUUGCAUGUUUCUUCAAUGCGAAUUGAAUUCUUAAUUAGAGAAGGUUCCUCUGAUUAAUUGUCUCCUAAUUCUCUUCUGCAAAUUAUGCUUCCACUCCCAUGUCCAUGUGUUGCCCUGAAAUCUCCUCCUUUUUUUAAUCAUUUUUCAAGUCAUACGUACGUUGGGAUAUCCCAACCAGCGCGCAACUAAUAUUUAUUUACAAGACUUGAAUUUGAAGUCUUAAUUAAUAUAUGUUAUCACUUAUUACCAAAUUACACUAAUACUGUCGCUUAUCACUAAGAGACGGGGAAGAGGAGAGUCACUGGUGAAAGGCAAGAUGAUGGUCACACGUGUAGCAGUAAUUGCACACUCCCAUGUGUGAAAGGAAUUGAAGAAGAAGAUGUUUCUUGAGAAGUCAACGUGUUGCUGGUCGGUUUCAUGAUAGAUGGAUAAGAUCAAACAUCAUAGAUACUUA